AUGCGCCCCCCGCCUGUGCGGCAUUCGGAAUCUCGUGAAUUCGUCUUCGCUCACCGCCGACGGGUUCUUCGGGUUAGGAUCGAGGAACUCUCCGGUGCACCGCAGGCGGAGGAAGCUUCUUCGCCCUUCGGCGCAUUCCGGUGCGUCUGUCCUUCUGUACUCGCGUUCGAUUUGGGGGUCGGAGUGGGGGAAGCAAUGGCUGUAGCUGUUAAUUCGGAUAUGGAAGUUGCAUCCAAGAAAAAACCUCAAACAAAGCAAAGGAGAGUGGUUGUGACGGGUAUGGGUGUGGAAACACCAGUUGGUCAUUAUCCAGAUGUCUUCUAUAAUAACCUGCUGGAAGGAGUCAGUGGCAUUAGUGAGAUUGAGGCUUUCGAUUGUUCACAAUUUCCAACUAGAAUUGCUGGAGAGAUCAAAUCAUUCUCGACAGAUGGCUGGGUUGCUCCUAAACUUUCUAAGAGAAUGGACAAAUUCAUGCUUUACAUGUUGACCGCGGGUAAGAAGGCUUUGGCAGAUGCAGGAAUUACUGAAGAUGUGAUGGAUGAAUUAGAUAAAAGAAGAUGCGGCGUAUUAAUUGGCUCUGCUAUGGGUGGGAUGAAAGUUUUUAACGAUGCAAUUGAAGCAUUACGGAUCUCAUAUAGGAAGAUGAAUCCAUUUUGUGUACCAUUUGCAACUACAAACAUGGGUUCUGCCAUUCUUGCCAUGGAUCUGGGAUGGAUGGGGCCAAACUACUCAAUAUCCACUGCUUGUGCGACAGGCAACUUCUGUAUACUGAAUGCUGCUAACCACAUCAUUAGAGGUGAAGCAGACAUGAUGCUUUGUGGUGGCUCUGAUGCGGCAAUCAUUCCAAUUGGAUUGGGAGGUUUUGUUGCUUGCCGAGCAUUGUCACAGAGAAACAGCGAUCCUACUAAAGCAUCACGUCCCUGGGAUAGUAAUCGUGAUGGAUUUGUUAUGGGAGAAGGGUCUGGAGUAUUGCUAUUGGAAGAACUUGAACAUGCGAAGAAUAGAGGUGCAACUAUUUAUGCUGAGUUUCUUGGUGGAAGCUUCACUUGUGAUGCGUAUCACAUGACAGAGCCUCAUCCACAAGGAACUGGCGUCAUUUUGUGCGUAGAGAAGGCUCUAGCUCAGUCAGGAGUAUCUAAGGAAGAUGUGAACUACAUCAAUGCGCAUGCAACAUCUACUCCAGCAGGUGACCUUAAGGAGUAUCAGGCUCUUCUUCAUUGUUUCGGGCAGAACCCAGAGUUAAGGGUGAACUCAACAAAAUCUAUGAUCGGGCACCUACUUGGAGCAGCUGGCGCUGUGGAGGCUGUUGCAACUGUGCAGGCGAUCAAGACUGGCUGGGUUCAUCCGAAUGUCAAUCUUGAAAAUCCAGAUGAUGGCGUGGAUGUGUCCGUGCUGGUGGGACCAACAAAAGAAAGACUGGACAUCAAGGUGGCGUUAUCUAAUUCGUUUGGUUUUGGUGGCCACAACUCGUCAAUUUUAUUUGCUCCGUACAAGUAGACUUAUAGGGGUGGUUGAAGUGGAGGAAUGUAUGACAUAGAGGUGUCGAAAGGGUGUUCAUAUUGACAAUGAAUGACUAAGAACUGAGGAAUCAUUUUGUUUGUAGUUAGUAUCUUAUGGAGAUCAAUUUUAUGCCAUGUAUAUUUGUACUGGAGAAGAGCAACUUACUUUUUGUGUCUAUUGUGGGCCAAAGAAAGGAAAGGUUUAGGGGUGUUAGUUGGUCUUUUAGCUGCCUUCUCACAUAAUCGGAAGUGUGUGUGUUGCAUGUGACGAUUGCUCGGACAAAAACUCGAGAGAGGUGCUCUUGAAUUUGAAUA